GCGUGAAGGAGGUGAUUUUGCCUGUGACAUGGCUGCCACAGGGCAUGAAACGGGGCGGGAAUAGGUUUCCUGGCAGGGGUGCUCAUAUCUCUGGGCCCACGCACCUUGCUACGAGUGUCCCUUCCCCACUCUGCUCGCUUAUCGCUCGCUGCUAACCCACUGUUUCUGCAUGUUCAGCAUUCUCAGAUACACUCAUGGAGGCGACGGGGCAGAAGAAAGGCUGCCUCGGCAAGCAGUUCUUCGCUGUGCUUCUCUUCCAUUUCUUCUUUGGCAUCUGCUUAUUUACCUACAUUCGGCAAACCAGGGAACCAGAAUCGGCGCCCUGCAGUUACCCUCCCUCAACCCUGCCAGGCUCACUAGCCUCUCCAGAAAACACCUCAAGCCCAGAAAAGAAAGCCCCAGAGCUCACCAUCCUGCUCUGGACUUGGCCCUUUGGGCAAAGUUUUCCUCUGACAAAAUGCUCCACGUUGUUUGGCAUCCCUGACUGUCAUAUGACAGCCGACCGCAGCUGGUACCACAAGGCCGAUGCUGUGCUUAUGCAUCACAGGGAUGUUUAUUCCGGUCCGAGCAGGCUCCCGCGGGAGCCGAGACCCCCUUUCCAGCACUGGAUCUGGUUUAACUUGGAGUCUCCCAGCCACAGCCCAAACCUGGGUGCCAUGAACGGUAUCUUCAACAUGACCAUGACCUACCGAAAGGACUCUGACAUCUUCUCACCCUAUGGGAGCCUGGAGCUCCUCAGGCAGCCCCACAACUUCACCAUCCCAGCCAAGACCAAGCUGGUGGCCUGGGUGGUGAGCAACUGGAACCCAGGCUUGCGGCGGGUGCAAUACUACACUGAGCUGAAGAAGUACAUCCACGUGGAUGUGUACGGCCGUCAGCACAAGCCUCUGUCACAGGAACAGCUCCUCCCCACUCUGUCCCAGUACAAAUUUUACCUGGCCUUUGAGAACUCUCUGCACGAGGACUACAUCACUGAGAAGCUCUGGAAGAAUGCCUUGACCUCCGGGACCGUGCCAGUAGUUUGCGGGCCUCCCCGGCAAAACUACGAGCGCUUUUUGCCCCCGGACUCCUUCAUCCACAUUGACGACUUUCCCAGCGCUCUGGAGCUGGCUCAGUACCUUGAGCAGCUGGAUAAGGACCCCGUGCGCUACGAGCGCUACUUCCAGUGGCGAACCUGGCUGAGACCCUCCAUCUCGCCAGGCUGGAUCUUUCACUACUGCAACGCCUGCCAGGUUUUGCACAGGACAAAGAGCUACCAGACCAUGCGGAGCUUGAGUACCUGGUUCCGGUAACCCAUGCAGGCACGGUGCUCUGUUGCCUGAUGUGGGCUGUUUUCCGCUGGCUUGAUUGCAAUUAGCCAGGAGAGAGGCAUGAUUUGGAUUGCACAUAACACGACUGCAUUUGGUAAAGGCUGGGGGGAUGUCCUUACCAUCACAGCCAAUGGGACCUAGUGCUCCAGUGGAACUUAGGUGUUUGAAUACUUUUCUGGAUCUGGCCUGUAUUGAGGCAGUCUCAUUCUCAGAGGUUAGGAUGCCUUAAUUAAUGCGGCUGUGGGGUUUUAAUGGUACAGAUUAAGCCUGGAGAGUGGGAGCAAUCUGGUCAUAUCCUCCGGAAAUGAAGGAAGAGGAGGCUUGCUUCUCUGGUUCGGGCAUGGGGUAAGAGUACACGUAGUCAGAGGGUCAACACUUUGUCAGGGCAGCAAAUGCAAAAAGCAGGCGGCACUGCAUGGCGGGCGGUCUGUGGGUCCCAGAGGGAGCCGUAAACCCUCUUGAAUGCAGAUGUCUCUCCAAAGGCACUUGCCAACAGGAGCUCUUGCUGACUCGGGGUCUGUGAGGGGUCACAUCCUGCCUCCUGAGGUGCGUUCAGUAACUGUGACAAUAAAGAAGAUGCUCUCUCCUG